CCCGAAGGUCCCACGGAAAAUGGCAGAGAUUUCGGAGAGUCAGAAAGGGCCUGAAAUGUCCUCUGCUCCCACAGAUAAUUUCACGAAUUUGGACGUGGAUUUGUCACUUGAUGACGUCACGAUCGAUGAUGACGAGUUCGAUAUCCCUGAGUUAGAGACAGCACCAACUUUGGACAGCAUUUUGAAUGAGAAUGAUGAACCAUUUGAAGUCGAUGCCCCUUCUCUGAGUCUCUUCAGCCAAGCUCCUGAUGGCUCGACAUCAGUUUCCGAACCCAACACACCCAGCAGGUCUCCCCAGAAAUUAAGCCGGAAGAAGAGUGUACAGUAUCCAGUCCAUGGCUCCAUUAUUCGCCAUGUUGUACUCAAGAACAUUUCCUCCCAGGUCAUGUCCGCUUCGGAUCGUGUGCAAGCAGGCAGUCCUACAGCCAUGGCCAUUUCACAGUUCAUUGCCGUGGGAACCUCACAUGGUCUGAUUCUUGUCUUUGAUCCAAACCAGGUGUUGAAAUGGUGUCUGGGCAGCACUGCGUUAGGAACCCAAUAUGGCGCUGUGUCAGCCCUGGGUAUAAACAACGACUGUACUAGACUUCUGGCCGGCUUUGCUAGGGGACAGAUCACUAUGUGGGAUUUGACCAAUGGUAAGCUCUUACGAACCAUCACAGAUGCCCACCCGCCAGGCUCAGCUGUGUUACACAUACAGUUCAGUGACGAUCCCACCAUGGCCAUCUGCAGUGACAGCGGGGGCUCUGUCUUUGAGCUGAGCUUCAGGCGAGUCAUGGGCAUGAGGACGUGUGAAUCCAGAUGUCUCUUUUCCGGCAGCCGUGGUGAGAUGGCGACCAUAGCACCCCUUCACAUGAACACUGUCGUACAACACCCAAUGAAGGACAUGGCUCUCCUGGCAAUGGCCACCUUGUCCAAGAUUUUUCUGGUUGCUGUGCGGCCAAAGCUUACAGUAUUAUUCACCAAACAACUCAAGGGUGAUCCGACCACCCUACCCUUGCUUGCGUGGCAGUUUGUCGUCAUACAGUCGUCAGAUGUCUCGCGAGUCGUGGACCCUGUAUUGGCAUCAGCCAGAACAGACAUGGUUUAUUUCCAUCAGGUGCUCUACAAUGACGAAGGCUUGGUCAAGGUAUUACCACUGCAGUCUAUCAACCUGCCUUACAGCCUCAUUGCGCUACAUUGGUUCAACUCCAAGACCCUGGUCACCGUGGAUACCACCGAGCGUCUCCACCUCGUGGAUGUGCGGACGGAAGAGGAGCUGGAAGUCUUGGACCUGGUAGACAUCGAGCUGGUGUACAGCAGUAGUCACUUCAAGUCACUAGCCACGGGAGGGAACGUCAGUAAAGCCAUGGCCCUAGCUGGUGAACGUGCCUGUUACCAGUCCAUUGCCUCACACAAAGGACAAGUAGUCAUCCUGGGCACAAAGUCGUUGCAUGUCAUGACAACGAGGCAGUGGCAUGAGAGAAUAGAAAUUCUUGUGAAGGACGACAAAUACAAGGCUGCCUUGGCUCUGGCCCAUUCCUUCUACAAUGGCAAAGCAAAGGCAGUGGUCGGUCUCUAUGGAAACAUUGACACUAGACGUCAGACAGUAGCGCAGAAGAUCUUGGAUUUGCUGUUCACCUUUGUUGAUGUCUCCAUGAAGCAAGGCCCCCUGAGGGGGGCAAUUCACUUGUUGGAAGAGCAUUUUCAGAGGGUUGUGCCUGUUUGUGUGGACUAUUGUCAGAUCCUGGGUAGAAAGGACAUCUUGUUCGGUCCAAUCUACGACAAGUUCCAGCAGGACAGCAUAGCCAAGGGCGUCUUCCUGGAGUGCCUGGAGCCAUACAUACUAAACGACUCGCUCACCUCUAUCACGCCGGUCGUCAUGAAGGACUUUGUAGACCACUACAAGACACGGAUGAUGAUACACAACGUGGAGGCUUGCAUUGUGCACAUGGAUAUAGCCAGCUUAGACAUACAUCAGGUGGUGUCCCUGUGUUGGGCACACGGUCUGUACGAUGCCAUUAUCUAUGUGUACAACAAAGGCAUGAACGACUACAUCACCCCGCUGGAAGAUUUACUGCAGGUUCUGGGCCAGGCUGUGCGGUCGGGAAAGCAACUCACAGAUCAGCAGAUUAAGCUGGGUAACAAACUAUUGGUGUAUAUCAGUUGUUGUCUCGCUGGCCGUGCCUAUCCCUUAGGGGACAUCCCAUCUCAUCUUGCCAAAUCUGUCAAGGAAGGGGUUUGGAAGUGCCUGACGGCCCUACACACCAAGCAAGCCAACGAGGAGGAACACGCCUUCCCAUACCUCCGCACCUUGCUUCAUUUUGACACCCGGGAGUUCCUCAACGUCCUUGCCCUGGCAUUUGAAGAGCCAGAGUUUGCAUCUCAAGCAAGUUCCUAUGCUGCUGGCCUGCAAUCCAAGCAACGUAUCGUAGACAUCUUACUGCAAGUCAUGGUGGAAAGCAUAGAAUUCUCACCUGCUCAGGUCGGAUGCCUCUUCACAUUCCUAGCCAGGCAGAUGGCCAAGAACGAUAACAACAUCAUCGUCAAUCGACUUCUCUUUGAACAGGUGCUAGAGUUUCUGUCCAAUCCGGACGAUGAAACCAGACAUGAGGAGAGGGAGCAGGCCUUGCUGCAGCUGGUCAAUGCAGGGGGAAUGGAGCAAGUGGACCAGCAGAAACUUCUCAGGCUGGCCGAGGGAGCUAAAUUCUAUCGUGUUACUGAGCUCUUGUACGAAAAAAGACGGCAGUUUGACAGAAUUCUACUGUGCUACCUCAGAGACCCAUCAAGGAAGUUGGCAGUCUUCAGCUACAUCAACAAUGUCAUGAUAGAGAGCUGUUACACCGAACCAGAGAAAGAGGCAGUACAGAACCAGGCUCUGGAAAACCUACAGGACCUCGUGGCAAUCGACAGCAAAGAAACUGCCCAGUUGGUCGUCAAAAUGUUCGCCAGUUCCCUUGAGGAGGUGAUAGAUCGUCUGGCAGAUCGGCCUCGUCUGCAGUACGACUUCCUGCAAGGCGUGUUUGAGUACCGAGACGCAACCAGCACUGCCUUAGCACCCAAGGAAUCCCAGUAUGACCCCUAUCUGCAUGAGAAGUACAUUGACCUGAUGUGUCAGUUCAACCCCAGCACCGUCCACCACUACAUCAGGAACGUGGAGGGAUAUCGUCUAGAAGAGACACUACAGAUCGUACGGCGGCACAAGAUUGCGGACGCCACGGCUUACCUGCUGGAGAUGGCUGGUGACGUCCAGGGUGCAUUUGGCAUCAUGCUGGAGAGCUUGUCCAACAGCAUACGUAACUUGUCGGACAGCAUGGAAGCUGGCAAGGGCACCGAUAAAGCGAAAGAUCCCAGUGUUGCCAUCUGCAGCAUGCAGGCAGGAUUGGUGGUGAUCAUUCAACUGUGUCAGAGAAGUUCGGCCAAACUGGACGAGCCGGAUAGGGAGGCUUUGUGGUUUCCACUGCUUGAUCUCAUGAUGGCAUCCCAGAGGAAAUUGAAGCCUUCUCUCAGUGACGAACAUUUUGAAGCUUUUAAAGAUCUUACCAGACACGUCCUGAACAGCAUGAUGGGAUACAUUGCUCUGCCUGCCGUCUUGCAGAAAAUCAUGCAGGAUCCCACUUACAGCACUGGCAAGUUUGGCGAGAUCAAGGAGUUGAUUCUUGGAAUGCUAGACACCUAUAAUUAUGAAAAGACCUUGCUACGAACCACCAAUAGUCUCCUGGCUCACGACUUGUACUGGUCUCUCCACAACCUAACCCAAGCUGUCAACCGGGGCUUGAUACCACGCAAGGAGGUCUGCUUCAUCUGCAACCGCAACUAUGUGAAGGUCAGCGAGGAUGACACCGUGGUGGUCUUCAGCUGCGGUCACACCUACCACACCUCCUGUCUGCACACCUCGGGCUGCUCCUCCAUGAUUGAGGGCCGGCAGCAUUGGAUGUGCUUCCAGUGCUACAGCACACGCCGCACGGGCAAGGCCCGGAUGGUCAACCCAAGGAAGUCACAGCAUUUUGCCAGUGUUGGUGGGGAAAAGGGAUCCUCGGAGAGGGGAGCGGUCAAGAAGGGAGGCGGGAUUGCCGGGGCAACCAGUGGGGCAGCCGAGAAGGUUGUGCAGCUAGAUUUAGAGCAGAUAGCCUCCCUAGAUAUGCUGAGGAAGAGACUGGAGGGACCGUCCAAGCUGGGAGUGCUUUGCGAAGUCAUUCAUUCUUAUCGUGACCAACCAAGAUCCAAGGGUGCUGUCAGUUCAGAUAGCCUGCUUCUGUCAGAGGACUUUAAGCUACGGCUAUGUCCGCCCCCAUCAGAUCAGUGACCAAUCACCACUCAGUAAAAUUGGUAGGUCCAAUGCCAUGCUCCAGUGAAGUGACUUGAAAGCUACGCCUUGAUCCACCCACAUCAUAUCAGUGACCAAUCGGCACUCAGUAGUAUUGGUGGAUCCAACAGCAUGCUCCUAUGAGGUGACUUGAAAGCUACACCUUGCUCCACCCCCAUCAUAUCAGUGACCAAUCGGCACUCAGUAGUAUUGGUGGGUUCAACAGCAUGCUCCUAUGAGGUGACUUGAAAGCUACACCUCGCUCCACCCCCAUCAUAUCAGUGACCAAUCGGCACUCAGUAGUAUUGGUGGGUCUAACAGCAUGCUCCGAUGAGGUGACUUGAAAGCUACACCUUGAUCCACCCCCAUCAUAUCAGUGACCAAUCGGCACUCAGUAGUAUUGGUGGGUCCAAUAGCAUGCUCCCAUGAGGUGACUUAAAAGCUACACCUUGCUCCACCCCAGUUAGAAUAGUGACUGAUCUGCAGUUAGGGGCAUCAUGAGGUCAGACAGCAUGCUCCUGUCAGAAAACUUCAAACGAUAGCUGACCCUACCUCUCAUCAGAUCAGUGACCAAUCAGCAGGCAGGAGCAAUCCCAUGCUCCUAUCAGGUGACUUCAAACUAUGGCUAAUCUCCCCCCCGUGUCAAGUUCGCUGACAAAUCAACAUCCAGUAUCCUUGUCACAUGCUGCACUCAGAAAGUGCCAAGCAGUGCUGGUCACCACCAAUAGGCUACAGUUUCUCAGAUUAACCAGAACGGCUCAAUGUAAUUCUACACCACAAAGCUAUGUGACUUGUUCCAACAGUUACCCAAACUAUUCUUCACGUACAUUAUUGCUUGCAGUUUUUAUCCCAGGCAACUUUAGCUCAAUUGCAGUAGAAUUUUUCUAACAUUUCUGAAAAUGUUAGUUUUCCUCAAAAAUACUCAGUCCAGAGUGCCUCAGAAGUAGAUUUGAUUUCUUAAAUCACAAAUUAAUGAAUGUAUAUAUUGAACAUAGGAAAAAAGUCAGGAAGUCAUCUUAACAAACUUGAAUACUCGGUUCAUGUUAUUCCUGUUCAAUAGUGCCAUGCCGUAUUCCUUUCAUUCAGCACAUUUUGUUUUAGGAAGAGGUGUUUUCAUCUACCUGUUCCCUGUGGAGAUGAGAUUGGGUAUUGUCAACAUUUUCAUGGAAAGCCAUGUAUGUAUCUACCUAUUCACUGUGGAGAAAAGAUUGGAUAUUGUCAACAUUUUCAUGAAAAGCCACACAUGUAAAAAGUAGCAUAUUUUUGCAUUUUGCAUUUUCACAAGACACAAGUUUUACUGCCCCUUGUACACGGACGAAACGCAUUGACUAUAAAAGCCGAAAAGUAGGUCAAGUGAGAUAUUUGUUUUCACAUAGACCCACACAUCUUUGUUACAGUGUAACAGUGGCUCACGCUUGAGCAUGUAAGCCCUUUCCCUGUGGAAAAAUACAUUUCACAGAAGGGCCACAAUGUAGGAAAACAUGGAUUUUCGAUUUCAUGAACAUAUGCGUAUCUUAACUUAUUGAUCUUGGCAGUAACCACUGUGUUCAUUUUAAUCACUUGGUUCAGGCAAAAGUUUACCUCUUAAAGAAUCAUGUUAGGGUUUUUUACUGCAUUAACCUGUUCUAUAUUGGUAUUUUUGCAGUUUUGAAAUAGAAGCUUCUUGGACAAUUUACUUUCUUCAAAAUCUGCAUGUGUUGCUCUUCAUGAAAACAUUGACGAUUUAUCAUUUGGUUAAAAUAGCAUUGUUGGAGGGCAGGAUAUGCGAAUGAUGACCUAACCUGAGCAUGUUAGGUUUGAUGGUAUAUUUCUGUGAUGUAGUCAGUGACCAGUCGUGCCUGUGUCCAGGAUUGAGCCACUGUAUCAUAAUACAUAUACCCUU